GGACACCCCAAGGACUGUGAACUGCUGGCUGGCUGCUUGCUCCUCUGAAAAAUGCAGCGGCUGUUGACUCCAGUGAGGGGGGUCUUGCAAGUGAGGAGAGUGGUACAGGAAGCUUCCCUCGUGCCAGCUCGCCUUCUCCCGGCAGCCCACCAAAGGUUUUCUACAGUUCCUGCUGUCCCCUUGGCCAAAACAGAUACUUGGCCAAAGGAUGUGGGCAUCCUUGCCCUGGAGGUCUAUUUCCCAGCCCAAUACGUGGACCAAACAGACCUGGAGAAGUUUAACAAGGUGGAGGCAGGGAAGUACACAGUGGGCUUGGGCCAAACCCACAUGGGCUUCUGCUCAGUCCAGGAGGACAUCAACUCCCUGUGCCUGACGGUGGUGCAGCGGCUGAUGGAACGCACACAGCUCCCGUGGGACUCUGUGGGCUGGCUGGAAGUGGGCACUGAGACCAUCAUCGACAAGUCCAAGGCUGUCAAAACAGUGCUCAUGGAGCUCUUCCAGGAUUCAGGCAACACUGACAUUGAGGGCAUAGGUAACACCAAUGCCUGCUACGGUGGCACUGCCUCCCUCUUCAACGCAGCCAACUGGAUGGAGUCCAGCUCCUGGGAUGGUCGCUACGCAGUGGUGGUCUGUGGAGACAUCGCAGUGUACCCUGUUGGUAACAUUCGCCCCACUGGUGGGGCCGGAGCGGUGGCAAUGCUGGUUGGGCCUAAGGCCCCUCUGGCCCUGGAGAGAGGGCUUAGAGGAACCCACAUGGAGAAUGUAUAUGACUUCUACAAACCAGAUAUGACUUCAGAGUACCCACUGGCGGAUGGGAAGCUCUCCAUCCAAUGCUACUUACAGGCCCUGGACCGAUGCUACACGUUAUACCGUCAAAAGAUCCAGAACCAGUGGAAGCAAGAUGGCAUCAAUCAGCCUUUCACUCUCGACGAUCUGCAGUUUAUAAUCUUUCACACACCCUUCUGCAAGAUGGUCCAGAAGUCCCUGGGUCACCUGAUGUUCAAUGACUUCCUGUCAGCCAGUGGCAACAGGCAGACCAGCCUCUACAAGGGGCUGGAGGCCUUCAGGGGGCUGAAGCUGGAAGACAGCUACACCAAUAAGGACAUAGAGAAAGCGUUUCUGAAGGCCUCUCUGGACAUGUUCCACAAGAAAACCAAGGCCUCCCUGUACCUCUCCACCCACAACGGGAAUAUGUACACCUCGUCCCUCUACGGAUGCCUGGCCUCGCUUCUGUCCCGUCACUCUGCCCAGGACUUGGCUGGCUCCAGGAUUGGCGCCUUCUCUUAUGGCUCUGGCUUGGCAGCAAGUUUCUUUUCAUUUCGAGUGUCCCAAGAUGCUUCUCCUGGCUCCCCUCUGGAGAAGCUGGUGUCUAGUACAUCAGAUCUGCCAAAACGUCUUGCCUCCCGGAAGCGUGUGUCUCCUGAGGAAUUCACAGAAAUAAUGGAACAAAGAGAACAAUUCUACCAGAAGGUGAAUUUCUCACCACCUGGUGACAAAAGCAGCCUUUUCCCAGGCACCUGGUACCUGGAGCGAGUGGAUGAGAUGUAUCGCAGAAAGUAUGCCCGGCGACCGGUCUAAAGGUGAUAUGUGAAGAGGCUCCUGGGAAAAGUAUGUGACAGGACUUUUGCCCUCAAUCAGUCAUAUAACGCCCCCCACUCUUCACUGGUAAAUAGAUUGGAUUGGACACAGCAGCCCCCGUAAGCACUGGCCUUGUAAGGCAAGGGGCCAUCCUUUGGGGGGUCCUUCGUGCCUGUCCCUGCUGCUGCAGUCCCGUCAUGGGCUUGUGCUGCCAGAGGAGACCUUUGUGAAAGAAGGAGAUGGAUGCAUGGAGGGACGGCGCGGCCUUGAAUCACAGACCAGAAAUGUGGCAGACCCGUUGUCCCUUUCAAGGUCCAGCUAACUGGCCUCUGCUUUGUUGUCACUCUGUUAUUACUGUUACUGUCAUAUUUCUGUGCUGUUAUAUCUUCAUCUGUUUCUUAGGGUUUUCUGA